UCUAUCACCGUUAAACCCAUCACGAACACAAAGCCCUUGUCCCCCUUUCGAGUCAUCAUCGUCCUCGUCCUCAUCUCCUCCCUCCCGGUACUUACUGUUGCGUCGCGUGUGUCGCACCUGGAAAGCAUUUCCCUCCUCCUCUCGAGAAGAAAAGUUUGGACGGCUCUCGUCUUCCCCUUCCCACCCCGUCAAGUGGUGCGUCAAAGUCAUCUGCUGCGAGACGCUUUCGCACUAGUAAUGUUUUUAAUACAUGUGCAAUAGUGAAUAGCAUCUGCCGCUGCUGCUAUCUUGGAAAAAUCUUGAGGCCACCUCCUUCCCCUUGCGAACUUUCCACACACGAGAAAAGCCACCCGCCCCUCCUUAAUAAAAGGGCCUCUUUAUCCCCCCUCUUUUCUCUCGUUUCAGUUUUGGCAAAGGUUUUUUAGCUGGGUUUUCUCUCUCGGUUCGUUUGAGAGCUUCCGUUUCACUGCUCUCUCUACUCUGCUUGUUGCCCCCACACACCCCAUCUCUUCGGGCUCUUUAUUCCGAAGCUUGCCGUUAUACUCCCUCCUUUCUUCUUGUUCUCUCCUUUUCGGGGUUUUUGCCUUAGUUUGAUGCGAGUGCGGAGAGGGAAUCCAUAGCCAAAAAUGGACCAGAGCAUCCUAUGCCCCAUCAAGUACACCGAGCACCGAAGCCUAACCCGGAAACUCCUGUCCAAGCAACUCAGGAACGACGUCCCCAACCCGCCCCGGACCGUACGGAUAUCGGUGACCGACCCGUACGCCACGGACUCGUCCAGCGACGACGACGACGAGGGCGACGCCGCCGAGUCGUUCUUCCGCCGCCAGCGCGUGAAGCGCUACGUCAGCGAGAUCAAGUUCGAAGCCGCCUCCAGGAGCGGCGCGGGCUCGAGCGGCGGCGGCGGCCGCAGGAGGAGCUGCUCCGGGGGCGAGUCGGCCCCGGCCGAUCUGAGGACGCGGCCCUCGCUGAAGGUCUCGCCCGCGGCGGCUGCGGCGGGCGGGAAGAAGUUCCGCGGCGUGCGGCAGCGGCCGUGGGGGAAGUGGGCCGCGGAGAUUCGCGACCCCACGCGCCGCGUGCGGCUGUGGCUGGGCACCUACGACACGGCGGAGGAGGCCGCCAUGGUCUACGACAACGCCGCGCUCAAGCUCCGCGGCCCCGACGCCCAGACCAACUUCGCCACGCCGUCGCCGAGCAAAGAGCCCUCGCCGGAGAACGAGAUCCUCGCGGCCUCCUCCCUCUCCGGGUACGAGUCCGGAGAGGAGUCUCACAACCUCUCGUCCCCGACUUCCGUCUUCCACUUCCGGACUCACUCCAACAACAGCGCUGAUGCCGACCCGGCCGGACCGCCGACUCAGGAGCCGGCCGACGAAGCCCGCGACUACCCGGAGUGCGAGGGCGAGACGAGCUUGGCCGAUUCGAGCGAGUACCUGCGGCUGGACUUGCCGUUCCUCGACAACUUCUACAACAACUUCGACUCCCCGCUGGAGCCGUCGCUGUUCGAGGACGCCCGCAACCCGGCCCUCCCGGAGAGCAGCAUGCUGAGCCUGAGCGACGACCCGAGCGACGUCUUCACGAGCGACGUCUUCCUCGACGCCACCUCGUCGGACGACUUCGGGUCGCUGCCGAUGGACAUAUGCCAGGUCGACGACUACUUCGACGAGAUCGGCGACUGGCUCUCGUCGGACCCUUUCCCCGUCCUUUGAGUGCGCGAGAGAAGCGCGACCAACAACAGCGUUGCUGUUGUUUUGGAGAGUGAGCACAGCCGCCGUUGACUUGCCGGAUUUUGGGCAGAUUUUGUACCGGCGGCGGAGAAGUCCCCGGCGGGGCUCGCUUAGUAAUUAGCACCAGCAGUAAAAUUAGCGUUAGCGUUUGUUUAAAAUUAUUUAUUUGUUUUUGAAAGAUCUCCGUCAAAGUUAACGGAGGAGAGAGAGAGAGAGAGAGAGAGAGUGAGAAUGAUGUGGAGCUGGUUUUUGUAUUUGCCGAGAUUUUGAUUUUAUGUACUAUUUUCUCCCUGAGAAUAAUAAUAAAAAUAAAAAGUCGAAGUGUAA